ACUCAUUUCUCAGCGCUCAUCGCUUGAAACCCUAGAGGACAUAGAGGAAAAUGCUCCUCUGCGCAGAUGCCGAACCCUGUCGGGUUCACCACGACCAAGGAGCUUCAAAAAGGUCCACUUCAUAAAGAACAUGAAGCAACAUGAUAUGUGCAAUGGAAGGAUAGUCCUUGUCAGUGGCAGAAGAUCCUUCUAUAGUGUUUUUUCUGUCCUGCCCUAUCGAGAUUGUAGCCAAACAGGGGAUGUAAAGCUGGAAGGAGGGCGUCAGCGGCACCCGUCAGGAGGCGUCAGUGCCAAGGAGAUGGUGAUUGGGCUGGAGGGAGUGGAGUUGGGAGCAGACGGAAAGACUGUGUCCUACACACAGUUCCUGUAUCCCACUAACGUGCUGGGUGGUCGAAGAAACACCAUCGACUCCACCUCGUCCUUCUCUCAGUGUCGUAACGCCAGCCACCGCAGCCUCAGUUUGGGUCGAGCCAACAGCAACCAGAGCAGCCUAGACACAGGGAAUGAUUUCGGGGACUUCCGGGAGUACGACCCUAAUCUGUUGGAUGACCCGCAGUGGCCUUGUGGAAAACACAAGAGAGUCCUCAUCUUCCCCUCCUACAUGACUACAGUCAUUGAAUACGUCAAACCCUCGGACCUCAAGAAGGACAUGAACGAAACCUUCAAGGAGAAAUUUCCCCACAUAAGGCUCACCCUCAGCAAGAUAAGGAGCCUGAAAAGGGAGAUAAGAAAGCUGGCCCAGGAUGAAUGUGGUUACGAGGAACCAACAGUGGCCAUGGCGUUUGUCUACUUUGAAAAACUCGUUCUUCAAGGCAAACUAAACAAACAGAAUCGUAAACUCUGUGCCGGAGCUUGUGUCCUCCUAGCAGCCAAGAUCGGCGGUGAUCUCAAGAAACAUGAGGUUAAGCACCUGAUAGAUAAAUUGGAGGAGAAGUUCAGAGUAAACCGCAGAGAGCUGAUAGCCUUCGAAUUCCCUGUCCUGGUGGCUUUGGAGUUCAACCUGCACCUGCCAGAACACGAGAUCAUGCCCCACUACAGACGCCUGCUGCAAACCUCCUACCAUUCCUGAUCCUCUGCUUUCCGUGGUCUCCGUUCUCCCUGCCCUCUUCUCGUCUCUUACACCUUCAAGGUACCGUCACUCAAUUUCAGGCAAUCAUCAUUAUCAACAACACUGCCGUUCAUCUCAAAGACCUGAAGUCAGCCAAAGGGACACGUUUUUAAACCAACUUUAUUCCAUUUUUUCACUUCUGUAUUCAUCUUCACUACAUGGACUGAAAAAAAAAGUUUUAACGUCUGCCAACAAGCUUUUCUAGUUUGGAUCUUUCAGCAUUUCAUCUUUGGAUAUUUUAGACUCUCUUGUUGAUUAAGAGAGGGGUUUUUUCUGUUUUGAAGCAGAUGGUGAACUUUUAUUUCUCAGUUAAAGGAACCAGUAAUUGCAACAUAUCCACCUUUUCACUAAUCCCAUUCGUGUAAACUUAGGUAUGAUUGGUCGCCUCCUGGCCUGCAUAAAAUUUAAACAAAAGCCUUUACAGUGGCUGGUUUUGACUGGACUGUUAUUCCUCAGAGUGACUCAUCAUCUCAGUCAUCGUCUGGAUAUUGCGAGACAUGGCCAAGGGGGACUUUUUUUUUUUUCCAAACUUCUAAUGAGCUUGGGAACUAACCGUGAAAAAUAAGCUGUGCUCAUAAAUACCAAACAUAUUUGUUUUUCUCUCAUCGCUUCUUCAGUUUUCUAGUCACAACUAUCUGCAUGAAAAGAAAUGACUGUUUGUUUGUACAUGGGUAAUUGCAGACAACAUGAGAAUAUUUUCAUUGAAGUAUUCUAUUCAUUUUUCUACCAGUCAAAUGCUUGCUAUGGACUUCUGGAGACUUAUCAGUGUCGAAUUUCCUGUGCUCUAUGUUAGAGUGUAUUGCUAGCACAUUUACUGUGCUGUAAUGGGGUCAAGAUGGUUGAUGUAGAACAAAAAAAAUGCCAUUAUCCAGUGAUCAGGGUUACCAGCAGGAUGGCAGCAGGGUGCUCUAGUUUUGAGAGAGAACCCUGAGCAUGCAAGUGAAAACCCCGACAGUAAUUAGGGCUGUAGUGUCCUUUAGCGAGACACUAAGUCCCCUGAAAAUCUAAAUGAGAUUCCUACAGGGAUCAAUAGCAGAUCAAACAUUUGCAUUGAACUUUAAUUGGCAUUUGCUGAUUUGAAAUCUGAGACAACUUUAAAAACACUGAAAAUUAACAAGAAUACCCUGUGAACAGUGUAAAAAGUAUUAUUCCAUUUAUUCAACAUUUAUCUCAACUUUCUUUUCCUUGCCUAGUCUCGUACAGUAUCAGAGUAUUGAGGCCACCAAAUCAGGAACCUACAGUAGGCCUAUUUGAAAAUAAUAUUUAAUGUUGCUCCAAGUAUUGAUGAUAUUUGAUGACAAGACUUGAACCAAAUUGUAAUAUGAAAAGGGUGGACUGUACUGAAAAAAUACUGAGCUUGGUUUAGUUUGCAAGCCCAGAGAUUUCACUGUGAGAUGCAAACUAAACGCGCUGUAAGGAAAGGUUCAUGGGUGACACAUUUCCUGUAUGUUUGUAAAUAAAUAGCUUUGCUCGAUCAAUCAAAACAAGCUUCUUACAUUAUUUUACCUGAAUCUAGUCUUUUAUGAGCAACCAAAAAUGGCAUGGCUCUGCUGUUGGAUUUGCUUGGUCAGUCAGAGGUCACACUUAUUGCAUGCUUAAAAUGCUUCUUCCUCUCAGUUCAGUUUUAUUUG